AUUCAAGCUCACAAAUACGACAGCGUUGGUCUCCACAACGUGGUACACCUGAAUCAGAAAAGUCCUGCGUAUGAUCUCCUAUCCAAAAUGCUUGAAUAUGACCCGCUCAAGCGGAUCACGGCUUCACAAGCACUAGAACAUGAGUAUUUCCGAAUGGAUCCUCUGCCAGGACGUAACGCAUUUGUAGCCACCCAACCGAUGGAGAAGAACGUGAAUUACCCAACUCGUCCAGUCGACACAAACACGGAUUUCGAAGGCACGACGAGCAUCAAUCCUCCUCAAGCAGUAGCAGCAGGAAACGUAGCAGGGAACAUGGCUGGAGCUCAUGGAAUGGGCAAUAGAUCGAUGCCAAGACCAAUGGUGGCACAUAACAUGCAGAGGAUGCAACCUCAAGGCAUGAUGGCUUAUAAUUUCCCAGCGCAAGCGGGGAUGAACCCGAGUGUUCCGCUGCAGCAGCAGCGUGGGAUGGCU